AGGGGCUUCCGGAGGGCCCUAUGUCUGGCUGGCUACAUCCUGUCCUGCGGGGGCCUCCUGCUUCUCUUCCACUGGAAACCCGAGUGGGACGUCCGGGCCAACUGCCAGCCCUGCAGCUUGGAAGAGGCCGACGUGGUGCUGCUCAGGACCACGGAUGAAUUUCAGAUCUGCACCUGGAAAAAGGUGACCUGGAUCUCUCUGCCCGCCCACUUGAAGCCCAGCUCUCUUGCCAUGGACGACCAGGAGUCGCUCCUCAACAGGGUCACCGAGAAACCCGGGUUCAAGGUGCGAUCCCUCCAGGUGCAGAAGAUCCGGUAUGCCUGGGACUUCUCUGCUCGAGAGUUUCGGAAAGUCGGAGCCCUGGAGGACCAUUACAGCUCCCUGGAGAUCCAUGCCAAGUUUGGGGCAGGGCUGACAAGCCCCCAGCAGGAGCUCAGGAGAGAAAUCUGUGGCCCCAAUGCCAUUGACAUCGAAGUCACGCCGAUCUGGAAGCUGCUGGUCAAGGAGGUGCUGCACCCAUUUUAUAUCUUCCAAGCCUUCAGUGUCUGCUUGUGGUUUGCAGAGAACUACAUUGAAUAUGCUGUGGCCAUAAUCAUCAUGUCCUUCCUUUCCAUUUCACUUACUGUGUAUGACCUCAGAAAGCAAUCUGUGAAGUUGCACCAGCUGGUGGAAUCCCAUAAUCGUGUCCUGGUCAAGGUGUUCAGGAAACAGACAGGCAUCCAGGAGGUGGAAUCCCGCCAUCUGGUGCCCGGAGACACCCUGAUCCUGGAUGAGGGCAGAAGCCUGCUGCCCUGCGAUGCCGUCCUGCUCAGCGGCCAGUGCAUCGUGAAUGAAGGCAUGCUGACAGGGGAAAGCCUUCCCGUCACCAAGACCAGCCUGCCCCGUGACUGUAAGAGCAGCCAGCCGUGGCAUCUCAGCUCCUCCGAGGAUAGCAAGAGGCACCUUCUGUUCUGUGGGACAGACGUUAUCCAGGCCAGGGAAGGUGAUGGAGGACCGGCAAGGGCCGUCGUGCUGCGGACUGGUUUCAACACAGCCAAGGGAGACCUGGUGAGAUCCAUCCUGUAUCCCAAGCCGAUGAACUUCCGCCUCUAUAGGGAUGCCAUGCAGUUUCUCCUGUGCCUCGUGGUGGUGGCUGGCAUCGGGAUGGUCUACGCAAUCUGUGUCUUUGUAAUCAACGGGCAAGAGGCAGGAGAAGUGGUGAAGAAAGCCCUGGACGUCAUCACCAUCGCAGUGCCUCCAGCUCUGCCCGCUGCACUGACCACAGGGAUCAUCUACACCCAGAGGAGGUUGAAGAAAAAGGGGAUUUUCUGCAUCAGCCCCCAGAGGAUCAAUGUAUGUGGCCAGCUGAACCUCAUCUGCUUCGACAAGACGGGCACCCUCACCGAAGACGGGCUGGACCUGUGGGGCAUCAUCCUGGCUGAAGAAAAGAGCUUCCAGGAGGUCCAUCGCUUCUCUUCUGGCCACCCACUGCCCUGGGGCCCCGCAUAUGCAGCCAUGGCCUGCUGCCAUUCCUUGAUGGUCCUGGACGGGAAGAUUCAGGGGGAUCCGCUGGACCUCAAGAUGUUUGAGGCAACUCACUGGGAACUUGUGGACUCCAUUGGUUGUGAAGGAGGACCGGCAAAUGUCCUGAUGGUCAGCCCAGGACCCGAAGCUGCGGAGGUGCCUGUGAAGGGCCUGGCUGUCCUCCGGCAGUUUCCCUUCUCUUCAGCCCUGCAACGGAUGACGGUGGUGGCCCAGGAGGUCCCUGGGGACGGGCAGGUCUUCAUGAAGGGCGCCCCAGAGAUGGUGGCCAGUUUCUGCCAGCCAGAGACAGUGCCUGCCAGUUUUGCCCGCGAACUUCAGAACUGCACUUCCCAGGGCUUCCGAGUCAUUGCGCUGGCACACAAAUGGCUGCAGGAAGGACGACCGGCUGCCUCCCUGACCAGGGAGGAGCUGGAGUCCGGCCUGACCUUCCUGGGCCUGCUGGUCAUGGAGAACCGCCUGAAGAGCGAGACCCGGCCGGUCCUGCAGGAGCUCAGCCAGGCCCGCCUCCGCAGCGUGAUGGUCACAGGUGACAACCUUCAGACCGCGAUCACCGUGGCCAGAAAUGCGGGCAUGAUCCCCCAGGGCAGCCGGGUGAUUCUGGUGGAAGCCCAGGCCCAGCUAGGCCAGCCCUCGGCCUCCGUCAGCUGGGAAGAGCUGGAGGAGCUCAGCCAGGAAGGUGGCAGCAGACCAGAGGGGGCCGUUGUGGAGCCUAAGGGAGACCCUCCGCCCACCUGGGACCGUGGCUUCCACUUCUGCCUGAGCGGGGGCUCCUACGAGGUCUUCAGCCAGCACUUUGGGCACCUCCUCCCGCAGCUGCUGCUGAAUGGGACGGUCUUCGCCAGGAUGUCUCCUGCUCAGAAGGCCCACCUGGUGCAACAGUUCCAGCAGCUUGACUACUACGUGGGCAUGUGCGGAGACGGGGCCAAUGACUGUGGGGCCCUGAAGGAAGCCCACGCCGGGAUCUCCCUCUCCGAGCAGGAUGCCUCGGUGGCUUCCCCCUUCACCUCCAAGGUGCCCACCAUAGAGUGUGUGCCGGAGCUGAUCAGGCACGGCCGGGCCGCCCUGGUCACCUCCUUCUGCAUGUUCAAGUACAUGGCCCUCUUCAGCCUGGCCAGCUACAUCGGCGUCCUCCUGCUCUACUGGCAACUCAACUCCUUUGGGAAUUACCAGUUCCUCUUCCAAGAUCUGGCCAUCACCACCGUCAUUGGGAUGACAAUGAGCCUGAACGGGCCCCACCCUGGCCUGGCGCCCUAUCGGCCCCCCACGCAGCUGAUUGCCCCCCCGCUGCUGCUCUCCGUGGUGCUGAACCUGCUCUUCAGCCUGGCGGUGCAGCUGUGCGGCUUCCUUCUGGUGCAGCAGCAACUCUGGUACUCCCCCAGCGACAUCCACAGCGCCUGCUCCCCCAAGAAUGCCACUCACGGCCACAGCCCCGGCCCCCGAGCUCCCCUGCCCAGGAAGGGCUUCCAGAGCUACGAGAACACCAGCGUGUGGCUUCUCUGCACCCUCAACUGCCUGAUGGUGGCCGUGGUCUUCUCCAAGGGGAGGCCCUUCCGGGAGCCCCUCUACAAAAACUACAUCUUCGUUGCUGUCCUGAUGGUGCAGCUGGCCGCCUGCCUCUUCUUCCUCUUUGCCAAUAUAGACGGACUCUACGCCCAGAUGGAUCUGGUGUGCACCCCCACCCUCUGGAGGGUCUGGCUCCUUGGGCUGCUGCUGGUCGCCUUCAUCGCCUCCCUCGCUCUGGAGGAGAUCUUGGGCUACAAGACCAGGGGCUUCCGGAGGGCCCUGUGCCUGGCUGGCUACAUCCUGUCCUGCGGGGGCCUCCUGCUUCUCUUCCACUGGAAACCCGAGUGGGACGUCCGGGCCAACUGCCAGCCCUGCAGCUUGGAAGAGGCCGACGUGGUGCUGCUCAGGACCACGGAUGAGAGUAAGCGGUACACUCGGAAGCAGGUGAUCGGCCUUGACUUCCAGGCUCUCUUGGGCACCAAAAAGUCGGACCAGAGCUUCAGCCAAGAAAAGCAUUCAGUCCUAUGGAAAGCCAUCAAGAGGCCUGAUGUGAAAGGGAGAUAUAUCCAGGUACAAAAAAUACGCUAUCUCUGGGAUUUUUCUGAGAAACACUUUGCCCGAGUUGGGGCACUCCAGGACAGCAACACCUGCUACCAAAUACAUCACCAAUUUGGAGAAGGGCUGGAGCGGAGGGAAAAGGCGCUCAGGAGCUCCAUCUGUGGCCCCAACGCCAUCGAGAUCGAAAUCCGCCCCGUCUGGAAGCUGCUCUUCAAAGAGAUCCUGAACCCCUUCUACGUCUUCCAAUCCUUCACCCUGAUCCUCUGGUACACCCAAGGCUACGUCGAGUAUUCCUCGGCCAUCGUCAUCCUCUCCGUCAUCUCCAUCGCCCUCACCAUCUACGACCUCCGGCAGCAAUCCAUCAAGCUGCACAAUCUGGUGAAGGCGCACAACCAGGUGCAAGUCACUGUCUGGACGAAAGGCGAAGGGAGUUCCACCAUGGAGUCCCGUCACUUAGUACCCGGGGACCUCCUUCUCCUGGAAGGCCAGCGCUUCUCCCUGCCCUGUGACGCCAUCCUGCUGGAAGGAAGCUGCGUGGUCAAUGAGGGGAUGCUCACAGGUGAGAGCGUUCCGGUCUCCAAGACCCCCCUGCCUCACUCUGACAACACCCUGCCCUGGAAGGUGUACGGGAUGGGCGAUUAUCGGCGACACGUCCUCUUCUGUGGCACGGAGGUGAUCCAGACCAGGCGGGCAGGCCCAGGGCCGGUCCGGGCGGUUGUUCUGCAAACAGGCUUCAACACCGCCAAGGGAGACCUGGUGAGGUCCAUCCUUUACCCGAAGCCCCUGAACUUCCGGCUCUACCAACAAGCCUUCCAGUUCAUCGUGGGCCUGGCUGGGAUUGGCAUCCUGGGGAUGAUCUAUACCAUCUGCUUGUAUGUGAUCCUGAAGCAACCAGCGUCGGACACGGUGGCCAUGGCGCUCCUGCUGCUGACUGUCCCGGUGCCCCCAGUCAUCCCAGCAGCCUUGACCACCAGCAUCGUCUACGCCCAGCGGAGGCUGACCAGGAAGAAAAUCUUCUGCAUCAGUCCCCAGAGGAUCAACAUCUGCAGCCAGAUCAACCUGGUCUGCUUUGAUAAGACAGGCACUCUGACCGAAGACGGGCUGGACCUCUGGGGCGCUCUUCCUUGCCAAAACCAGAGUUUCCAGAGCGUGCACAGCUUCUCAGGGGCUCCGUUGCCCUGGGGGCCACUCUGCAGAGCCAUGGCCGCGUGCCAUUCCCUUUUGCUGCUGGAUGGGAAGAUCCAGGGAGACCCACUGGACCUGAAGAUGUUCGAGGGCACAAACUGGGAAAUGGAAGAGCAUCGGCCGGACGAGAGCAGAGGCAGCCUCCCCGAGUCCUGCCUCCUUGUAAAGCCGGGCCCUGCUGCUUCCCAAGCCCCCAUGGAAGGGAUCCUUGUCCUGCAUCAGUUUCCCUUUUCCUCCUCCUUGCUGAGGAUGUUGGUCAUCACGCAGGAACUUGGGAAGAGCGGCUUUGAGCUCUACAUGAAGGGAGCCCCCGAGACGGUGGCCAGAUUUUGUGAAGAGAUGACCGUUCCAACCAUCUUCCAAGCUGAGCUGAAGCACUUCACGGCUCAGGGCUUCCGAGUCAUCGGCCUGGCCCACAAGAAGCUUGAGCUUCCCCAAGGAGUGAUCUUCAGUGACCUGGAGAGGGAGGAGCUGGAGUCCGGCCUGACCUUCCUGGGCCUGCUGGUCAUGGAGAACCGCCUGAAGAGCGAGACCCGGCCGGUCCUGCAGGAGCUCAGCCAGGCCCGCAUCCGGAGCGUGAUGGUCACAGGUGACAACCUCCAGACGGCCAUCACCGUGGCCAAGAGCUCUGGGAUGCUUCCCAGCACCAGCCAGGUGGUCCUGGUGGAUGCCCAGGAACCAGAGGAUUCCUGCCCAGCAUCUGUGACUUGGCAGCUGGUGGAGGAGAAGGAGGCACCCUUAAUCAUGGGCAAAGAAAAGGACCCCCGUAUCACACUAGAGGACCCCAGUGCAAAAGAGAGGGACAAUUUCCACUUUGUCUUGAGUGGGGCGUCUUACCAGGUGCUGUCCAAGCACUUCAGCAGCCUGCUGCCCAAGGUGCUUCUGAAUGGAACAGUCUUUGCCCGCAUGUCUCCAUCGCAGAAGUCCAGCCUCGUGGAAGAGUUUCAGAAACUCGAUUACUACGUUGGCAUGUGUGGGGACGGAGCCAACGACUGUGGGGCCCUGAAAAUGGCCCAUGCCGGGAUCUCUCUCUCGGAGCAGGAGGCCUCAGUGGCUUCCCCCUUCACCUCCCAAAUCCCCAACAUCGAGUGUGUGCCAGCCCUGAUAAGGGAGGGUCGGGCUUCUCUAGUGGCCUCCUUUGCCGUGUUUAAAUAUCUGACUCUCUACGGCUUGGUCCAGUUCAUCGCUACGGUCCUGCUUUACUUGCAAUUGCAGAUCCUGGGGAAUUACCAGUUCCUGAUCCAAGAUGUUUGCAUCACUCUUGUGGUUUGCCUCACAAUGAACCUGACCCACGCCUACCCCAAACUGGCCCCCUACCGCCCCCCCGGACGGCUGCUCUCUCCGCCACUGCUGCUCUCCGUCCUCUUCAACGUGGCCCUGAGCAUCCUGCUCCAGCUCUUCGGCUUCCUCUAUGUGAAGCAGCAGGCUUGGUACUUGCAGCUGCGGGGCCACUGUGGGUGCCCUUUGGGAAACCAGACCACCUGCCCAGGCAACGGGACGGCCAAUGCCACAGCGCAGGAGCAACGCGUUUUGAGCUAUGAGACCACCACGCUGUGGCCCCUGGUGACCCUCAGCUGCAUCGCCUUCGCCUUUGUCUUCUCCAAGGGGAGACCCUUCCGGAAGCCCAUCUACACCAACUAUAUCUUCUCUGGCAUGCUGUGUCUCCAGCUGGGCGUCUCCCUGUUCCUCUUCUUUGCUGACCUUGAGGGGGUCUACCAGAGGAUGGAGCUUCUCUGCACCCCAACCAUCUGGAGGGUCUACGUUCUGAUUAUGCUGCUGGUGUUCUUUCUGGUCUCCUCCUUGGUGGAGGACGGCGUCCUGCAGAACCGGCGCCUCUGGCUGCUGAUCAAAGCGCUCUGCCGCUUCCGCUCGUCCAGCCGGUACCGGGUGUUGCAGCGGCAGCUGGAGAGGGACGCGAUGUGGCCGCCCCUCUACGGGCGAGACUUGGCGAACGACGGCAGCAGCAGCAGCCAGGCCUACUUCAACGCGGCCUUCGAGCGGGAGGAGCCCGCGGGCCGCCCGGGAAGCCGCACCGGGGCAGCCAGCCGCGGCUCUGUGCAGCCAGAGGGGAGCAGCCGCGUGGAUUUUCCCGCCGAGCCCCGCAAGGGGGAUCCGGACACGCAGGAGACCCGUCGCUGGCACCGCUGCUCGGAAGGGACUUUUCCCCGCGCGGCUGCGCCCUAGUCAGGGAGGAAGCUGGCCGAAGGGGAACGGAGAGGGCGAAGACACGCGGGGCUUCUGAACAGGCUGUCUCGGUCCCCGGUGCUCAAUAAAGUGAAGUCUGCAGGGUCCAAUCUGGGCAGGGCUCAGAGCUCGGAAGAACCCCCCUCUGGUCCCGGUGACCGACUCAGCUUGGAUCCUCCUGGGACGCCUCUAUUUGCUUUCUUUCGCGAAAGUUCAGCCUUCUCCCCCGCCCCCCUGUGGGAACAUCCAAGGCUUUGCUUGCGCGCUCUCGGUGGGCAACCGAGACGGGGGCGGGCAGGGUGCAGCAGACGGGGACGCAGAAGUCAAGAGAGCAUCUCCCGGGCGACAGCAAACCAACCGGGGGAAGAUUCAAGAGCUGCAGCCACAAUUAAUUUAAAAAUAAUUCGGUUUAUUGGAAAUGGCCGGAGGGAGGAGGUGGACUCCGGGGCAUGGAGGGCAGACCCUCCGGAGAAGGAAGGUUCGGCUCUUAGUCGCGUUCAAAGGCCGGGUUAGAGAGGGAGCCGAGGUUGCGAUGAGCCGCUGAGUUCCGGGACCGGCGCGGUGCGCUUCGUUUCCUGCCAAAACAAGACCGGCCUUAGAACGCAGAAGGGGCGAGAGGGGCCCAGAGAAGCAGGGUUGUCCCAAUGGUGUGUGUGUGUGUGUGUCGGGUGGCGGUGCUUUAAGGUGCCAGCUCUGAGAAUCAGGAAAGGGGGGGGUCUCUUCUGCCCUUCUUUGCUUUAGGGGCUCUUUGGAGGGCCCAGUGAAAAAUGCUGUUGCCCGACGGAGGCUAACUUUUGGGUAAUGCAUCCUGGGGCUGCUCUGGGUGGGGGCAGCAGCUGCGAGCAGCCAACCGCCAAUGCACUAACCCCCCUCCCCAGCUAUGCAGAGGUUGGCCUUAGUUGUGGAGGUCGUCCUAUCCUUUGAGGGAGGAUUUGCUGACCCCACAUCACCUCCCGUUGCUCUUCAUCUUCUGUCUCACUGCUGGAUGCAGCGCCCACCCAAGAAAAAGGCCCCAUCCUUCGGAAAGAACCCGGCCCCCUUGUUUCCCCUCCUCCCCCCGCUCGCGCAAGCGUCCGCAGAGAGCUUCUCCGCCAAGGCGGCCCGCGCUGACCGGCGUGCUGUCCCGGAGAGACUCACCUGCGCGCGAACGAGCAGACCAACACGGAGACGACCACGGCCAGCAGGACAGCGCCGGCCGCCACGCCCAGCGCGAUGUAGAGGGGGAGCCACCAAUUGUCUGGGGAAGAGAGAGGGGGGCGGUCAGCGGAGCUCGGGGCCGUGGCUUUGCGCUCCACGCGCGUGCCUUAGUUGGGGCAGCAAUCAGCCUUUCUAAUCAAGGAGAAUCUUCGUAGUUUAGGGUUGAAAUGAGGGCUCCUUGGUGGUCUUGGUGCUUGGAGGUUUUUUUGCAGACAUUUCAUGAUCCAACUAGGUAACAUCAUUGAUGCUAUUAAGGAAUUAAGCAAAUCCCAUGAAGCAAACCCCACUCCUUCCUAGAACUGAUGAAGUUACCUAGUUGGGUCAGCAAGAAAACAGCCAAGGACCCCUAAUCAGCCAACUUCGGAAAAGGGCUACUGCCUCCUGAUGGGCCCCCAGGAAAUCUGAGGGCAGCCUGGGUAGUUGGGGAAAAUGUCUGCAAGAAGGAGGCACAACACUUUUCUGUGCUUCAACCAGCUGUGUCCUUUCUUCACUUCUCACCACAGGCUUAAGCAGUGGGGGCAUCUGGACAAAAUGCUAAAGCUGGCCAGGGUUUUGAUGGACGGUGGAGGAGCAGCUCAGUCCAGUACCUGAACUUGGCCUGUCUGGUUUUGCUUCAGUGUGAAGCGUGACACCCUCUCCCCUCCCCCCCAAGGUGGGUUAAUUCAGGAUGUGGCCGGAAUGCAGCCUAAUUGGUCUAGGGUCUUCUGCUUGAGUAGGGGGUUGGGCUAGAAGACCUCCAAGGUCCCUUCCAACUGGGUUGUUCUGACCACCUGAAGCCAGGCAGGAAAUGCCCCAGGAUCAGUUGGGGGCCUUUGCAGGGCUGGCCAUCCUGAGAUGCCAAAAAGGAGAUGGGCUCCCACUGUAGAUGGCACCACCAGAUCAGCUGCUGGCAGAGAAGGUCCUGGGGAUGCUGACCAUCUCUGUGCCCAGGCCCCAAGCCAGGCCAUGUCAAAUGGUAGAUCCCACCCUGACCGGCUGUAAUCUGAGGUCCAAUGUCUGAAUUUUCUCACGUAAAGGAUGCUGCCCUUCAAUGGUUAGAUGGCCGGGAUAUUGGUAUUUGGACAUAGAUCUGUUUAAUAUUCAUAGUUUACUGUGUUUUCAUUUAGGUGAAAUGCUAAUAGAGGUUGUCCUCGACUUAUGGCUACAACUGAGCCCAGAAUUUCUGUGGCUAAGUAAACAUUUAAGGGAGUUUUGCCCCAUUUUACAACUUUCCGUGCCACAGCUGUUAAAUGAAUCACUGCAUGUGUUAGUGACAUGGUCAUUAAGUGAAGCUGGCUUCCCUAAUAGACUUUGCAUGUCAGAAGUUCGCAAAAGCAGAUCACGGGACCCUGGCAUGCUGCGACCGUCAUAAAUGUGAACUGGUUGCCAAGCGUCUUGAGUUUUGCUCACGUGACCAUGGGGAUGCGGCCACAGUUGUAAGGGUGAAAAAUGGCCAUAAGUCACUUUUCCCAGGGCCAUUCUGACUUCGAAGGAUCACUAAAUGAACUUUUGUGAGUUGAGGACUAACUGUAUAUAUUGCAAUCCCAUAUAUGAUAUGCCACACGCUAAAUAAAUAAACGCCCCAAGCAGCACCCAUCGCUUCUCUUUGGGGGCUCCGAGAGAACGGCCCAGCACCAGGCAGGACUGCUUGGAAAUAUAUUAUUAAUAAUUAAUAUUGAAAAUAAAGAUGUAUAUAAUCAUA